AUGCCCAUGCCGAAGUUAUUUCCAGGGCGCACAUCCAAACCGCCAUCACCCCCUUUCGAUGCCUCGAGUUUCGAUCCCAGCACCUUGAGCAAGGACGAACUGAAAUUAAUGGUCCUCGACCCAGACCUGUGUUUAAUAGGCACGAAACCCGCCCUUGAAGACGCAGCGUCAAAACAUGGCUGGGUCAGGAGAAAAUACACAGUCGAGGUAUCUCCUUCUGUACUGGCUCUCGGCAAAAACCCUUACCCAGGACUUAGGCAAAGUCGUUCAAUACCUGAACUAAACAGAGACACCCCAGCUUAUGAUCCUUGCCAACCAUGGUUCGGAGAUAACCCACUUCUUAGGUAUCUCACACCCUCAAAAUUGUUGCAAUUGGGUUGUAUCAACACAGGCACCGGCAUAUUCUCACCCAUAUCGCCCCAAUUCAGAAUUGAUCAGGAGGUCGCGGCAAGAGUUAGCAGACUGAGAACUGCCCCAGGACUGUAUAUGGGCAAGCACGAUGGCAUUCAUCCAAUUGUGCGUCGUAGCCAAUUUCGACUCACAUCCGACUAUGAGUACGAAUGUCUGAAGCCCACCCUGAGGAUCGUAACCAAGAUGCUGGAGAUGGACAGUGUUCUUGAUAUGCUGUGGUCCCUCGGUCAGCGUUGGACACAGGUAAGGGGUACAAAGAAAAUCAAGGAUGUUUACGUAUACUAUACUGGCCGAUCGACACCUCAGCAGAGACGAGAGACUGCUCUCGAGCUAGAGAAGCUGGUAGAUUUCGUACACUUCGAAUGGGGUGAUACAAAGAAUUUGGAUAGUGUCUGUGCGAAAACUUAUCCGAUGGAUGAGCCUGGGCUAAGAGGCGGAAUAACCACGCGUGCUUGCAGAGUCGGCCUCGACGAUGAAUUCCGAUACAUCAUCGCGGGUGGCAGCGCGUUGCGUGCAGAUCUCUACAAUCCUGAAGCGCAAAAUAUGUCCUCUUUCUUGCCUAUCUUAACAACCAUGUCGACCACUCAAAACAAGAACUCUACUUCCCAGCUCGAUGACACCGCACCUGAUGACUCGAACAAUGCUACCAACACAACAAUGACCACAGAAGAGAACUCGAGAGCCAAAAUCAAGAUGCUUGAGACUCAGCUUCAAGCCUCUCAGCAGGAAAAUACACGUCUCAAGAAAGCCCUCAAGAUAGAGGCUGAAUUCCGGGAAGCCAUUCGCAAAGCCUAUGAGAAGUUGAACUCGCCAAACUGA